CCCGGCCUCAGCGCCAUGGUUUGCUGCCUAUCCCGGGCCGAUGUGGGAGCCACCCGGAGUCCAGGCGUGUGCAGCGGCGCUCGCGGGCGCUCUCCUCCUGGUGCUUUCCGUGCUGGUGGUCCGCCAGCUCCUGAGGCAGCGGCGACCGGCGGGCUUCCCCCCGGGGCCACCGCGGCUGCCAUUCAUUGGCAACAUCGGCUCCCUGGCCAUGUCUGCCGAGCUCCCCCACGUCUACAUGAGGAGGCAGAGCCGGGUAUAUGGCGAGAUUUUCAGUUUAGAUCUUGGAGGCAUAUCAACUGUGGUUCUAAAUGGCUAUGAUGUAGUAAAAGAAUGCCUUGUUCAUCAAAGUGAAAUUUUUGCAGAUAGACCAUGCUUUCCUUUGUUCAUGAAGAUGACAAAAAUGGGAGGCUUACUCAAUUCCAGAUAUGGCCGAGGAUGGAUUGAUCACAGAAGAUUGGCUGUUAACAGUUUUCACUAUUUUGGAUGUGGCCAAAAAUCUUUUGAAUCUAAAAUCUUAGAAGAAACCCAGUUUCUAAUUGAUGCUAUUAAAACAUACAAAGGUAAACCUUUUGACCUCAAGCAACUAAUAACAAGUGCUGUUUCAAACAUAACUAAUCUUAUCCUUUUUGGAGAACGAUUUACUUAUGAAGACACUGAUUUUCAACACAUGAUUGAGUUAUUUAGUGAGAAUGUGGAACUAGCUGCCAGUGCUCCUGUCUUCCUGUAUAAUGCAUUUCCAUGGAUUGGCAUAUUACCUUUCGGAAAACACCAAAAGCUAUUCAGAAAUGCAGAUGUGGUCUACGAUUUCCUCGAAGGACUUAUUAAAAAAGCUGCAGUUAACAGAAAGCCUCAUUUACCUCAGAAUUUUGUUGAUGCCUAUUUAGAUGAGAUGGAUCAAGGUGAAAAUGAUCUUUUAUCUACGUUUUCCAAAGAGAAUCUGGUUUUUUCAGUGGGUGAACUCAUCAUUGCUGGAACCGAAACUACAACCAAUGUGCUACGCUGGGCAGUUCUUUUCAUGGCUCUUUAUCCUAAUAUUCAAGGACAAGUUCAUAAAGAGAUUGAUUUAAUUAUGGGCUACAAUAGGAGGCCUUCUUGGGAAGACAAGUGUAAAAUGCCUUAUACUGAAGCAGUUUUACAUGAAGUUUUAAGAUUCUGUAAUAUAGUUCCACUGGGGAUUUUCCAUGCAACCUCUGAAGAUGCAAUUGUACGUGGUUAUUCCAUUCCUAAAGGCACAACAGUCAUUACAAAUCUUUAUUCUGUUCACUUUGAUGAAAAGUACUGGAAAGACCCAGACAUAUUCUAUCCUGAGCGAUUUCUGGACAACAGUGGAUGUUUUACUAGAAAGGAAGCUUUCAUUCCUUUUUCUCUAGGGAGAAGACAUUGUCUUGGAGAACAGCUGGCUAGGAUGGAAAUGUUCUUGUUUUUUACAGCAUUACUUCAGCAGUUUCAUUUGCAUUUUCCACAUGAGCUAGUUCCAAACCUGAAACCCAGGUUGGGCAUGACAUUGCAACCCCAGUCCUACCUCAUCUGUGCAGAAAAACGCAGAAAGUGCACAACUGUAUUAGGGGAUUACCUUGUUUAAUCAAUGGUAUUUGAGCCAAAGCCAUAGUUUUAUAAAGCCAAGUGAAUACAGAUACAUUGUUUAAACUAGUACUAGAGCAAUAACAAGCAUUAGCUGUUAUUUUUUCUAACUUCCAUGAACUCUUGUAGAAUGUAUUGAAUGACACAAAGAUGCAAGUGUUGUGUGGAUACUAAAAGGGGCCAUGGAUGCACUAAACAGACUUCUUGUUUAGUGUAAGUUUCCUCUGAUCUGGCUCCAUCCUGGGGAACUUUACUUUUUGCUCCCAAACUGAUUCCUUUAUAAUCAAGUGUUGUGAUUAGCAAACUGUGAUAUCAGUCCAGGACUAAAGAAGAAAUAAAACCCACAUAAAUUAAUUUUGACUACAGAAGAAUUUUAGAUAUCAUGGUAGGCAAUGGAAAAGCUUUAUAUUUAAUAUAGACUCUUUCAGUGCUUUCAGAUAUUCCUUGCUACUAUGUAUUUAUAAAAAGUAUGUCAUUCUUCCUAUAAACAAGUUUCUGUGAUCCCUGAGUAUCCACCCUUACAGCAGCAGUUCAGUAUAUAUAAGAGAUACAGUAUGCAGUUGGCUGUUUAUUCUUUCUUUGUAGGCACAAUCAUUACACUUUUCCUGGCACCACUUAUUUUUAAGACCAGUCACAGAACUUAGAUUCAAACAUCUUAUCUUACUAAGGUCUUAGUUCCAUGGGUUAGGCAGUAUUCAAAUCCAAGUCUGCUAUAGAGACAGGGUAACUUAUAAAUGGGACACUUGAGAAUGAUGAGAUGUUAUUACUAAUUAUACCAGGACAAAUGGCAUAUUAUCAUAGGCCAAAACAAACUAGAAUGUAUACUUAUUCAUUUAUAGAUAUUUUUUCAUUAUUGUUUCUUCUAAAGUCCUUCAAAGAGCUCAUGUUCAUGUAACUUGCUUUGUGAAGAGUUGUAGUCUUAGAGCAAGUAAAUAUAACAAUGGCUUGUAUGAUGAAUAUGGAUUAGGGGCCACAGAGAAGGCUCAACAGUUAAGAGCAUAUACUCUCAAAGAAGAUGUGUUUAAUUUCCAGUGUGCACAUCAGAUGGCUUACAAUUUCCUGUAACUCAAGCUCCAAGGGAAUUCAAUGCUUCUGGCAUCCAUGACUAUUCACACUCAUGGACAUACACUUAAUUAAAAAUAAUAAUUUUUAAAACAAGAAAGAACAUGGAUUUAACCUUAAUCUGCCACAUCUGGUAAAAAAUUUCCUAGUUUCUGUGAUUCAAAACAGGAGUUUUGUGUUGUAGAAUAUUAUUUUAAGAUGUGUUACAUUUGUUUAUGUUGUAAAAUAUUUGUUUAAUGGUGCAAAGAUGUAUUGCAUUCUCUUAUGUUGCAUUUGUUUAACUCUGUGAGCUGCGUUACUUUGCCCGUCUAAAACACCUGAUUGGUCUAAUAAAGACCUGAACAACCAAUAGCAAGGCAGGAGAAAGAAUAGGUGGGGCUGGCAAACAGAGAGAAUAAAUAGAAGGAGAAAUCUGGGUAGGGAGAGAUAUCUAGGAAUGAGAAAAGCAGGAGGAGGAAGACAUCUGGGGCCAGCCACCCAGCUACCCAGUGAGACACAGCAUAAGAAGUAAAGAAAGGUAUAUAGGAUAACUUAAUUGUGACAAAAAAUAAGUAGGCUUUAUUCUUCUUUCGAGUAUGGCUACUACUGCUUUUCGUAUGGACAGGGACUUCAUACACCUCUGCAGAACACUGUUUUGUUUAUGCCUUAGGAAAUCUUUGUGAUUUUUCUUACAUCUAUAUUUAUAAACUAUUAAAGGCAAAAGAGCCUUAGUUUCACUGCCCCUAAUUCUAUAGUCAAGAAAAAGGGGGUUCAGACAGGAGAUGAAGUCCUCUGGACCAUGACAAAGACAUGCUUCACUUUAUCUUACAUUGUUCUCAUACCUAAUUAUUUGUACUUUAUAGUCAAUAUAGUUGUUUAUCAGAUAAUGUCAACUCAACCAUCUGGAGUCAAUUAACUGAUAAAAUACUGAAUUUUAUAAAAAUAUAAAUGAAUGCAAAUUACUAUGGAAUUCAUAAUAGAAAAUAUCUAUUUGGGGAAUUAUAUAGUAACAUAUGUAUCAGGACUAUACAGUGACUAAUGGCUUCUUACUAAUCAAUAAUGACCUACUAAUUAGGAUUUUGAAAACCUAACUUUUGAUUCAACUUAUGGCAACUGAGCAUGGUUAUUUCUUCUUACAUGCCAUUAAAAUCAUCCUAAUUUCAAAAUGAGUGUAAAGACAUUGAAAAGACAGAAGGUGAGUGAACAAACUGUGGAUAAGAUCAUAUAUAGACAGAUAUCAUAUAAGGUGGAAUUGAAAACAUGAGUAUGCUUCAUAGAAUGGCCAUGGAGAAAAUACAGCACAUACAAGAAGGCUAGGCAAGGACAGAAAAAGUGAAAAGAAACCAAGCUGUGAAAUGCAGCAAUUGCUUGGUGCUUAAAAGCACUUGCUGCUCUUGUAGAGGACCUAAGUUCAGUUCUCAGCACCCACAUGGCAACUCACAACCCCCUGUAACUCCAGUUCUGAUUCCUCUGGCCUCAGCAGACACCCACUCUAAUGUGUACAUAACUGCACAGCACAUGGCAGGGGAGGGGGGAGUCAAGAAUGAACUAAACAUCAACUUUUUAAAGAAAAAAACCAAGCUGGCAAAUUCCUCAGGCAAACAAAUGAACAAACAAACCUAAUAUCUUCACUUUUCUUUUCCUUGUUUUUUGUCCAUCUGCAAAAUGUGCUCCCAGUGAUGAAAUAAAUAUCUGGAUGAUUGUGUACUAUGCCU